GGCAAGUCUAGUGGUUAUCUACCAUAUGACAAUAUCGGAAAACGGUGAAAUUAUCACAUUAAAGUUUGUGGACAUAGGAUUAAUUCCUUACAUUCUUGAAAUCCUUGUUGAUGGUGACAAAAGCAUCUGUGAGAAGGCUCUAGGCAUUUUGGACACUAUUUCGAGCUGGGAUCGAGGAAGAGAAGGAGUGUACGAAAAUGCAUUAACCAUGCCAUUACUCGUAAAGAAGAUCUUGCGUGUAUCAGAUACGGCAACACGAUUUGUGGUUUCGAUCCUAUGGAAACUAUGCAUGGGGGAGAAUGAAAAUGCUGUGGUUGAGGCAAUGAAGCUCGGGGCUUUUGAAAAAUUAUUGGUUGUGUUACAAGUUGGCUGUGGGGAAAGAACAAAAUCAAAGGUUACUGAAUUAUUGAAAUUGAUGAAUCUUUACAAAGAUGAGCUUGAUUGUUUUGCUUCAUCUGCGGGAUUCAAAUUUGUCAAACGACCAAAUUAGGAUUUUAUUUUAUUUUAUUUUAUUUUUUUGUGAUAGAAAAAGAUUUUGUGAUUGGUUAGAUUAGUUGUACAAAAUAUACAGAAAUUUUCAUUCAAA